AAGAGAUCCCUUGUGGAUACUGUAAAAAGAAAAGUAAUUAUGAUUUAUGACAAGAAAACAACAAAUGUGAAGUGUUGUGUUUGAUGUUCAACAAAUCAGCUCUUAUCGUCAUUUUUUCUACUAUUACCAUUUUCAGUGUUGAAUUUUGAGUUUGCCAAGCUUAGUACUUUUCAUUUUCUGGGCAAAUGAAAAAAAGUUACAAUCUUUAAUUGCAUUAUUAGUUUCCCUAUUUGUGUGGAGUUUUGGGGUUCUUUUCAAUUUGUUUCUUCUUCACUCAUUCUGAAGAAAAAUAAACAUGUUUGGGUUCUCUCGUAGGCACAAGAAACUAAGCAGAGUGAAGGUUCAGCUUUCUGACACCACACAAGGAACUAGAAGUCCUAUUAGGUACCCUAAACGAAAUGGGAACUCCAAUGGUGAUGGAGUUGCAGGGACAAGUGGUCAUUCUGAGGAAAUUGAUUGUCAAUUUUCAUCUACUGCACCUGAGAUAAGUAAUUGUGUAUCAGGUAGUUCAGAGAAUUGGAUGGUGUUGUCAAUUGCAGGGGAUAAACCCACUCCUAGAUCCUAUGUCCGGUCAUAGGUCAUUUUGUUGAAGUAUUAUACCUAUGAUCUGUUAUGGUGAAGUGUUGGCUACUGAACUAUUACUCAUUGGAAUAGCAUGCAGCAUGUGUGAUUGAGAAUAAGAUGAUAGUGGUUGGUGGUGAAUCUGGGAAUGGAUUGUUAGAUGAUGUGCAGGUUCUAAAUUUUGACACAUUUUCAUGGACCACAGCUUCAUCCAAACUAUACUUGUCGCCAAGUAGUCUGCCUCUACAGAUUCCAGCUUGCAAGGGUCAUUGUUUGGUUUCAUGGGGAAAAAAGGCGCUCCUCAUUGGAGGGAAAACAGACCUAGGAAGCGACAAAAUUUCUGUAUGGGCAUUUGAUACCGAGACAGAGUGUUGGGCACUCAUGGAAGCAAAGGGAGACAUACCGAUUGCUCGCAGUGGCCAUACAAUUGUUAGGGCUAACUCUACUUUGAUAUUGUUUGGGGGAGAAGAUUGCAAAAGGAGGAAACUAAAUGAUCUACAUAUGUUUGAUCUCAAGUCCUUGACAUGGCUUCCACUUCACUGCACGGGAACAGCGCCUUCUCCAAGAUUCAACCAUGUUGCAUCUCUUUAUGAUGGUAAAAUUCUUUUUAUAUUUGGAGGAGCAACAAAAUCUAGGACCUUCAAUGACUUGUAUUCACUUGACUUCGAAACGAUGGCUUGGUCAAAAAUAAAGGUGCAUGGUUUCCAUCCAUCACCAAGAGCUGGUUGCUGUGGUGUUUUAUAUGGCUCUAAGUGGUAUAUUACAGGUGGUGGAAGCAGGAAAAAACGACAUGGAGAGACUUUGAUAUAUGAUAUUCAAAAAAGUGAAUGGUUGGUAGAAAUUGCAUCACAUCCUUCUUCUAUCACAACCAACAAGGGUUUUAGCCUGGUACUUGUGCAGCACAAGGAAAAGGACUUUCUUGUUGCAUUUGGGGGAUCCAAAAAAGAGGCAUCAAAUCAGGUGGAAGUGUUGAAAACUGAAAAAAUUGAAUCAACUUCCAGAAGACAACCGACUACUACCAAAUGUCCAGGACCUAUAACCAAAAAACAUUCAUUAUCCACUAAACUUAGAAACGAAUCUUCCCAACGUUUCAACAACUCUUUUGCUCGACGAAAUAUGGCACCUACAAUUGAACAUGGUUCUGAAAGGAAAUCUCUGUCAGAAUCUUUGCUUGUAGAAGAUUCCGGUUCUCUCCCUACCAACAUAUCCCUUCACAGUCAAUUUGAUCAUGAGGAAGCAUUCAAUGUGCAUGAUAGGAUUGGCAAGCAUUCGGAAGAUGAAAGUUCUUUUCCUCAGGCAGCAGAUGGUAGAACAAAUCAAAAUGACCCUGGACAUCAGAUGAACACAAGAGGAGCCAAAACCAACAUAGAGCAACCGGUUUUGGUAUCUGGAGAUUCACUUCAGAAAAAUCUAGGUUUUGGAAAUUCUUUGCUAGAAAGUGAUCACGAGUCAUUCCCUGAAAAUAGUAAAUCAGGAUCACUGUCUACUGCUUCAAAUAUAUAUGAUUAUUAUGAAACCAAAGUGUCCUCCCUAAUAAGAAAAUUCGGCAUUCUUGAGGCACAAUUGCUAGCUGCAAUAGCAAGCAAAGAAGCUUCUGAAAAAAAUUUAGCAUCUGCUUUCAAAAGUAGGCAAGAGAUGGAUAACAAAUUGACUGACACACUAAAGGAGAUUGAAUUACUGAGAGAGAAGCUAGCUGGUGCAGAGUUAGCUCAAGAAGAUGCCAGCAACCUAUCUAACAUUGUCCACUCCGACAAUGUAAGACUUGAACAUGAUGUGGCUUUUCUCAAGGCUAUUUUAGAUGAUACACAAAAGGAAUUGCACUCAACAAGAGGAGUUCUCGCAGGAGAAAGAGCCAGGGCUUUCCAAUUACAGGUUGAAGUUUUUCAUCUCAAACAGAGGCUGCAAUCAAUGGAAAAUAGAGCACCUACUCCCAGGAAACCUUUUCAUGUGUAGUGAGGCGUCCUCAAUGGUCAUAUAUAACAGUCAAUUUCGGCAAACCAAAAUGAUGAAACAAAGCUCCUAUUAUUAUGAGGACAUAUUAGGGAACUGCAUUUUGAGGGUGGCAUUGAAGGCUUGUACAACCUCCAAAGAUGCAGUGUUACUUCAUUAAUAGAAUGCUUUUUGGUCAGAUCAAAUGUGACAGAGUUGAAUCCAUACAGAAUUAAGAUUUAAAACAUUUAGGAUUAAUUGAAAAGGCUAAAUAUUAGUUUAUAGUUUGUCGUUCUUAACUGUAAUUGCAUUAUGAUGUAUUUAACAACAUAAUAUACAGUUUGUAAUAGUAUUUACUCCCCAAGUAUAAGCAAAAUUAGCUUAUAUUUUUUGGAAUAAAAUAUGCAUAAAAAAA